GUCGAACAUCGUGUGAUGUUUUGAUAGUAUUUUUCUUGCAUUGUGUACUCUGCAUUGACUCUGUAUUGCAACCUGUCAGGUUUAUCUACCUCUAGACUUGUCGAUGGCUGAGACAGACGGAGUUUCUCUCAGUCCCCUCCAACUUCCCAACAUUGUUCGUGACGUCCUAGACUUUUGCGACGGUCGCAGUCUGUGCAACUCAUUGCAAGUGAACCAUCUGUGGCACCAAACGGCGUCGAGCUUGCUCAAAAGACGCUGUCGUUUCUCUUCUCUUCUCGUGACGGGCGAAAGCAUGAACGAGUGUGCGGAGAAAGCGCGUCGCUUUGUCGUGAGCGUUCGCUCCAUUCCAGCCGCCGUGAUCGCGUUUGCGUACGGCGUUCGAAGACGAAAAACAUACGAGAAAGGCAUGGCUGCUAUAUAUCGUGCUCUACCACGUGGAACGAAGAUGAUUGGUGCGUUAGUGGAUGGGAUCAUUGGAAUGACUGAAACCGGUGUCGCUGAGGAAAUUUUGGAGGCUGAAGAGGAUGAGGUGUGUCUGUCCGUUUUGGUGGUACCCAAAGUUCCCGGACUUACUGUGCAAACGUUCAACUGUGGCGAGAAUUUUUCUAGGUCUGUGUGCCCAACGAUGAGUUCUAGUGAUUAUAUCGAAAUGUUUGAGGGGUUUAACUUCAAUUCAGUUAAACUGAUUAUAACUCUCGAGACUAUGCGUCUUGAUAGAUAUCUGGGAAUGACGUCGGUUCCCAACAAUUUUUUGGAGUUUAUGUUGUCUUCGUGUGGUCAUGGCAGUCAAAUUGUUGGAGGUGUUCCGGAGCCGUACUCUAUAUUUAUAGAUGGCACUCUACACAGAGAGGCUGUCGUUGCAGGAAUGGCACUCGGAGGCGAUGCAUUUAGUUAUGGAGCUUUGGUCAGUAACGGAGACAAGUAUGAAAUUGAUGAACAACUUCAGCAUUUGAGGUUGCAGGUUGAGUUGUCGCAGUUGAUGAACAUGGCCUGUUUCUUGUGUAUCUGCGUUGGUCGAGGAGAAUGCUUGCAUGGUGAAAAAUCCGUCGAGUCUCGGCUAAUUCAGAAAAGGUUUUCUGGUGUGCCAAUCUGUGGAUUUUUUGGCCAAGGAGAAGUAGGUGUAAUGGGCACUCACGACUUUACUCCAUCUCAACCUACACAAAAUCCUGAAGAAAGCAUCGAAUCCCCAUCAGCAAAGAAGCCUCGAAGAAAAUCAAAGAGGAAUUUAGCUCAGGGUUUUACGUCAUCUUACGGAUUUAUGCUGAUUCAUCCACCUAAAAGUAAAUCUGUAUCUAUGUAAGACCUAUAUGGAAUGUUCUGGCAUUGGCAAGUGUAGGAAGCCCCUGGGUAUUAACUUUAUUAAUUAAUUAAUUUGCAUUAUGUGAUUACAGCUUAGUAACAUGAGUAUAUCUAGAUACUUCAAAUGGUGUAGUGUAGCACUAUAGGUAAGUGGUAAGAAUCAAUGUAUUGCAUUUUUUGUACAUAUAGACGCCAGAAUUAUUGAACAUAUUCAUCCGACUA